CCCGUGGUCCGGCGGCGCGGGGAAUGCGGCAGCGCCUGCCGGGCCUGCUGGUGCCCUGCCUGCUCGGGCCCCGGACCCCGACCCUACGUUUUCAGAGAAACCCUUACAGCAAAAUGGAUCAUUCGGCCGUGAAGAGAAUAGUAAACAACAUUAUCAAGUCGCCUGAGGACAAACGAGAGUAUCGUGGACUAGAAUUGGCAAAUGGCAUCAAAGCGAUUCUCAUCAGCGACCCCACCACAGAUAAAUCCUCAGCAGCCCUUGAUGUGCACAUAGGGUCAUUGUCAGAUCCGGCAAAUAUUGCUGGCCUUAGCCAUUUCUGCGAGCACAUGCUGUUUUUGGGAACCAAGAAGUAUCCCAAAGAAAACGAGUACAGUCAGUUCCUCAGCGAGCACGCCGGGAGCUCCAAUGCCUUCACCAGCGGAGAGCACACCAACUACUACUUUGAUGUGUCGCACGAACACUUGGAAGGCGCCCUGGACAGGUUUGCUCAGUUUUUCCUGUGUCCUCUGUUUGACGAGAGCUGCAAAGACAGGGAGGUGAACGCCGUUGAUUCGGAGCAUGAGAAGAACGUGAUGAACGAUGCCUGGAGACUGUUUCAGCUGGAGAAAGCCACGGGCAAUCCCAGCCACCCCUUCAGCAAAUUUGGGACAGGUAACAAAUAUACCUUGGAAACGAGACCCACCAAAGAAGGCAUCGACGUAAGGCAAGAGCUGUUGAAAUUCCACUUGACUUACUAUUCGUCGAAUCUAAUGGCCAUUUGCGUCCUGGGGCGAGAAUCCCUAGAUGAGCUAACCAGUCUGGUGGUAAAGCUGUUCGCAGAAGUGGAAAACAAAAACGUCCCUUUACCAGAAUUUCCCGAACACCCUUUUCAGGAACACCAUCUUAGGCAAAUUUACAAGGUAGUGCCUAUUAAGGACAUUCGCAAUCUCUAUGUGACGUUUCCAAUCCCAGACCUUCAGAAAUACUACAAAUCAAACCCUGGUCAUUAUCUCGGGCAUCUCAUUGGGCACGAAGGUCCUGGAAGCCUCUUGUCUGAACUUAAGGCCAAGGGUUGGGUAAAUACUCUUGUUGGAGGACAAAAAGAAGGGGCCAGAGGCUUCAUGUUUUUCAUCAUUAAUGUGGACCUGACGGAAGAAGGACUUUUGCACGUUGAAGAUAUCAUUUUGCACAUGUUUCAGUAUAUUCAGAAGUUACGAACAGAAGGACCUCAAGAAUGGGUUUUCCAAGAGUGCAAGGAUUUGAAUGCUGUAGCAUUUAGGUUCAAAGAUAAAGAGAGGCCCCGGGGUUACACAUCUAAACUAGGAGGAAUGCUGCAUUAUUAUCCCUUAGAAGAAGUGCUUGCUGCUGAAUAUUUAUUGGAAGAAUUCAGGCCUGAUUUAAUAGAGAUGGUUUUAGAUAAAUUGAGGCCAGAAAAUGUCCGGGUUGCAAUAGUUUCUAAGUCUUUUGAAGGCAAAACAGAUCAAACCGAAGAGUGGUAUGGAACGCAAUACAAGCAAGAAGCUAUCUCAGAUGAAGUCAUCAAGAAAUGGAAGAAUGCUGACCUAAAUGGGAAAUUCAAGCUGCCGAUGAAGAAUGAAUUUAUUCCCUCCAACUUUGAGAUUUUACAGCUGGAAAAGGAAGCACCAUCAUAUCCUGCACUUAUUAAGGACACUGCCAUGAGCAAACUGUGGUUCAAGCAAGAUGACAAGUUUUUCUUGCCAAAAGCUUGUCUCAACUUUGAGUUUUUCAGCCCAUUUGCUUAUGUGGAUCCCUUGCAUUGUAACAUGGCCUAUUUGUACCUUGAACUCCUCAAAGACUCCCUCAACGAGUAUGCAUAUGCAGCAGAACUAGCUGGCUUGAGCUAUGACCUCCAAAAUACCAUCUAUGGGAUGUAUCUGUCUGUGAAGGGGUACAAUGACAAGCAGCCUAUUUUGUUAAAGAAGAUUGUUGAGAAAAUGGCCACCUUUGAGAUUGACGAGAAGAGGUUCGAAAUCAUCAAGGAAGCGUACAUGCGGUCUCUUAACAACUUCCGAGCAGAACAACCUCACCAGCAUGCUAUGUAUUACCUCCGACUGCUCAUGACUGAAGUGGCCUGGACCAAAGAUGAACUGAAAGAAGCUCUGGACGAUGUCACCCUGCCUCGCCUCAAAGCCUUUAUUCCUCAGCUUUUGUCCCGGUUGCACAUUGAAGCCCUGCUCCACGGCAACCUAACGAAACAGGCCGCCUUGGGAGUCAUGCAGAUGGUGGAAGACACGUUGAUUGAACACGCUCAUACUAAGCCCCUCCUUCCAAGCCAAUUAGUUAGGUAUCGAGAAGUCCAGCUCCCUGACAGGGGCUGGUUUGUUUAUCAGCAGAGGAACGAGGUUCACAAUAACUGCGGCAUCGAGAUCUACUACCAGACGGACAUGCAGAGCACCUCCGAAAACAUGUUCCUGGAGCUCUUCUGCCAGAUCAUCUCCGAGCCGUGCUUCAACACGCUGCGGACCAAAGAACAGCUGGGUUACAUCGUGUUCAGCGGUCCCCGGAGGGCCAACGGCAUCCAGGGCCUGCGCUUCAUCAUCCAGUCGGAGAAGCCACCCCACUACUUGGAGAGCCGAGUGGAGGCCUUCCUGAUGACCAUGGAGAAGUCCAUCGAAGACAUGACCGAAGAGGCCUUCCAGAAGCACAUCCAGGCGCUGGCCAUCCGCCGCCUGGACAAACCAAAGAAGCUGUCGGCAGAGUGCGCCAAGUACUGGGGGGAGAUCAUCUCCCAACAGUACAAUUUCGACCGAGAUAACACUGAAGUUGCCUAUUUAAAGACCCUUACCAAGGAGGAUAUCAUUCGGUUCUACAAGGAGAUGCUGGCGGUCGAGGCCCCGAGGAGACACAAAGUGUCCGUUCACGUCCUCGCCAGGGAGAUGGAGUCCUGUCCCGUCGUAGGCGAGUUUCCGUGUCAAAAUGAUGUCAAUCUGGCCGCGGCCCCAGCUUUGCCCCAACCCGAGGUGAUCGAGAACAUGACGAUGUUCAAACGCAGCCUGCCGCUGUUUCCUCUGGUGAAGCCACACAUCAACCUCAUGGCCGCAAAGCUCUGAAAGCCCCCACCCGCCGGACAGGCACAAGCGGAUGAGCCUUCGUGGCCCCCUUCCUCCUCCUCCUCCCCCCCCACCGGGGAUUCAGUCCGCCCGCCACGGCCCCCUCCUCACCAGGGAACACCCGCCCACGGAGGCCCGGUCCACUUUUGACCCUGAAACGAGAGAUUCAGACAGUUAGGAAAAUCAGCCGCAGUCACGCGUCACGCUGUAGAGAAACGAUUAAAACCCCGUUUGAUUUAUUACAGCCUUGUAGAAGCAGUGUAUUUUAAACUAUCGCCCCCGUCACCCCCAUCCCUCGAUCCCCCUGCUAGUUACGGCUUCCCGAGGGAAACCUCCCACGUGGCGCCUCAGGAUCCCCGCGGACUCGCCCUCCUCGGCUCUGGGAAACGACGCCGUUUAUUCGAAAGGGAAAGCACGGAGGCUUCGGGGACCUGUUGGACCAUCCCGCCCCGGGAUCCACUUGCUCCGUUCACGGGACUGACGGAAACCAGAAAUUGGACACAUCGUGAACAGGAAGAGCCACGUUCUUUCCCAGAGAAGACCCGGAGCCCACAGGCAUGGUUUUAAUCUUUUUAUACGUCGCGGGACUUUUCUACAGGCCGAGGACGCAGGCACUCUGUCCUCACGUGUGCGUGUAUGUGCGUGUACGUUUGCAUGCGUGCGUGUGAGCGAGGGGCAAGCUUCCAGAAGCGACCACCCGGCCCCCGGUUCAGUUCUCAGAGUUUCUCCGGCCCCGUUUUAGACGCAGCGCUUAUAUUUAACUGCCGUUUUGGUUGUUCACCUUGCAGGGUCCGUCCGUUUCCUUCCCCCCGGGGCGGUCCGAGCGACGCGGCUGACGUGUGAACCGCUUCCUGAAGCUUUUUUUUUGAGCUUCCAUUUCCUGAGAAAUCUUUCCUCCAAAGUGGCGGGAAAGAUUUCCCCCUCUUGCCUUAAACCAGUGCAUGCUUUUUCUAGCGGGGAUGGGGGAACCGGCACCAAAGGGGAACUGUUUUAUCAAUCAAUCAAUCGUAUUUAUUGAGCGCUGACCGUGUGCAGAGCACUGUGCUAAGCGCUUGGGAAGUACAAGUUGGCAACACAGAGACAGUCCGUACCCAACAGCGGGAUGGGCUUGCUUUUCGGGGCCGGGUCAACGCAGUAGGCCUGAUCGCUCUUCAAAUAUGCAACACGCCGCUGGGACGAACCCGACCCCAAUUCUGGCCCAGGGGAGACCCGGGCGGGGAGAACGGCUGUUCCUGGCAUUUAGGCCCCUCCGGUAUCGCCGUGUUUGGCAUCUGGUGUUCUCCGUUGCCGGAGCGGUUGGACUUUCCAACGUGGGUGAGGGUCCCUCGUGUGGAACAGGGCCCUGCUUCCCCAGGAAGGGGCUCUGGGAGCACCCCCAUCUCUCCACUUCCUCAGUUCCAUCUUUUAGCCCUCAGCGUGGACCCUGAACGCCCGAAUCCGUCCCGGGAUGCAAGUGACCGGCUCGGCGAGGCCGCAGCGGUCACGGCGAGGAGCGGGCCGGAGGGGGUGGGUGGAAAACUUCAGGGCUACGGUUCUGGGGGCUCACCGACCUGCGCGUCGCGUUGACGGUAUAAUGGGCGGUAUCCGAUUUUUGCGCGGAGGGUAAUGGAUAAUCUGCCAGAAGCGUUGGUCGCUGUCAAGUGCCCCCCGGCAUUUCCCGUCUCUGAGUUUGACCCAGUAGGACCCUUCUGAUAACUCAGGCACUAUUCCGGCUUCACUUAGGUGGAGACGAGGCUGCUCUGUGUGCGUGCGUGCGUGUUUCCAAGCAAUAACUGACUGUCCGGGACACUGUCAUUCUCUCUUUCUGUCUCUGUGCCUGUUGCAUCAGAUUGGUGAAAUCACUUCUAAGUUACGAUUAGCUCUGUGUAACUCUUCCGGGUGUUCAUUGUGUGUGGUGGCUUUGGGCCCGGGAGUCUGUGCCCCCUCGCCCACGUGGCGGCCCGCUGCGGGAGGGACCCUGAGGGCCGCCCUGUUUACAAUAAACGAUCUGGAUUUGGAUCCCG